UUAUCUCCAGUAUCGUUUUAUUCGCCGUGCUUAAAUAACGCGAAGUUGUAUACAUGCCGACAAUAAGGAAAAAACCGAGUCUUGACUUCGUGGAAUUGGAAAACCUCGGUUGAGACAGGACAAACAAAAUACACAACAAGUCACUCAUAGUUACAAGUGAAUUCAUUGACCGGCGAAAUUGAUAUUGAAUAUCCAACAAAAAUUAAUGUCGUACAUUGAUUGAGUCAUGACACUUAAUAAAACUGAGAUGCCAGGCCAAUUUUUGAAAGCGCCGACUCCGAAUUUCGAACCAUCGGAACGAUGGCGAAUUAUGAAGAACAUUCUAGCGAUCGGUUGCGCUUUUAUGGUGCUUUUUACUGCCUUCAUGGGAGCCGCAAACUUACAGAGUUCGAUCAAUGCAGAUCAAUCGCUAGGCACAUUUACGUUGUCGGCGAUUUAUGGCAGUCUGCUCUUCAGCAAUAUUUUUCUACCCGCCUUAAUCAUAAGUUGGUUAGGAUGCAAGUGGACAAUGUCACUUUCUAUAUUGGCUUAUAUGCCUUUCAUAGCCUCGCAGUUUUAUCCCAAAUUUUACACUAUGAUUCCCGCUGGAUUAUUGGUCGGAUUAGGCGGUGGACCGCUUUGGUGCGCAAAAUGUACUUAUUUAACUGUGGCAGCAGAAGCUUACUCGACCGUUUCAGAUAUAGCAGCGGAUGCCCUUGUUACGAGAUUCUUCGGUCUCUUCUUCAUGUUUUAUCAAAUGGCACAGGUGUGGGGGAAUCUUAUAUCUUCAGCAGUUCUUUCGUACGGAAUCGACACGGUCGUUACGAACGUUACUCUGAACAGUAGCGUUGUGGCCGAAACUUGCGGGGCAAAUUUCUGUGGGCUGUCUCCAGAAAACGAAAAUCCAAAUCUGCAGCCACCUCCGGUGGAACGAAUACACCUCAUUGCUGGGAUUUACUUAGGCUGUAUGAUAUUAGCUGUUGCAAUAAUUGCGUUUGCCGUCGAUUCCUUAUCCAGAUACGAUAGAAACAGAGCCCGCUCGGUGAAAGGAACGUCUGGAUUCAAGCUCUUGGCCGUGACAUUAAAACUAUUGAAAGAGAAGAACCAACUUUUAAUAUUGCCGAUAACGUUAUUUAUUGGGGCCGAGCAAGCGUUUUUAUUUGCCGAUUAUAACGCAUCGUUCGUUUCCUGUGCUUGGGGGAUUAGUAAUAUUGGUUACGUGAUGAUAUGUUUCGGUAUCACAAAUGCCAUAGCUGCACUCGCUACAGGAGCCGUAGUGAAGUUGACUGGAAGAACGCCCGUGAUGAUUUUUGCUUUUUGUUUGCACUUAAGUAUUUUCAUCUACAUGUUACAGUGGAAACCAACGCCAGAACAGGGUAUUAUCUUCUUUCUGCUGUCAGGUUUAUGGGGUGUGUGCGAUUCGGUCUGGCUGGUACAAGUCAAUGCAUUAAGUGGUAUAUUAUUUCCUGGUCGAGAAGAAGCAGCUUUCUCUAAUUUUCGUUUGUGGGAGUCUACUGGUUCAGUGAUAACAUACGUUUAUAGCCCAUAUUUGUGCACUUAUAUGAAACUGUAUCUAUUAAUCGGAAUACUGUGCGUUGGAAUGGUUGGUUACGGUGUUAUCGAGCGGUCAGGCAUUCGGGCGGACACAGCCAUUUCUGACAACAAGCCUGAUUUUGAGUUGAUGGCUGAUAGAGAGAUUAAUCGAUAAAAUAUAAAAGCAGUAGGUAUGUAUCUUUUUCAGUUGACGGAAUUAUAGAAAAUUGUAAAAAAUUGUCAAAAUUUUCAUCUUUUAAUAUUACCACAAAGUGCCAAAAAUAUAAAAAUUUUUUAAUAUAAAAAUAUAUUUGAUAAAAAGUUUUUGAAACGCGCCUAAAAUGUUUCUUAAUCAUUGUUUGCUUAAUAAUAAGUCAUUAAAAUACAUAAGAAAUAAAUUGCAGUCUACUAGAUGUACCUGAAAUUACUAAAAUAAGAAAGAAUGCGUAUUCUUUAAAAUAAAAUCGAGAAGAUGAGGGUUAAGAAAAAGUCUAAUUUGAUAGCUUAGAACCGAUUUUACGUUAUAUGCAAAUUGAAUUACAAAAAGAAAACAUACAUAUGAUAUAUAGUUAUUCAUCUAAAAAAAAAAAAAUCUUAAUCGCGAAGAGUCAUAGGAACUACUUUUUGCUAUUUGUACUAUUGUACAAUAUAUGUUUUUAUUUUAUUUUUGUGGACACCUUUUUACACAGAUAUUAGUUUAACGGCUAAUAUUUUUAUCUUUUAUUUUAAAUACGUAACUUAAUGUUACAUAAUGCCUAGGUGCUAACAUUCAAGCUAAAGCUAAAGCUACGGCUGUUUAAUUUAAUUGUAUACCUACUUAUGUGCUUAAUUGCCGACUUGUGCUUAUUUCUAUUUCGUUACCGAGCUCAAUUGAUUCCCGCCUUCGAAGGCAGAUUACUGAGUUGCGUGAUUUUUGUAUAGUCGACCAACGUUUUCCGAUAGCGGUAAUGUCGAAUUAAUUGAUCGGCGAAUUGUAUAAGUUUAGCAUUUUUAAAUUGAUUGUAUCGUGAUUAUUAGCUUAACUUUAUUGCAUUUAUCGUAUUUACAAUUCAAGUUCUGCAGUUCAGUUAUAUACUUUAUAAAACGUAGUAGGAACUUUGGUUUCGCUGGGCAAUGUUUCAUGUGCAGUUUCCUCUUAUUGAUUUGUAAUUCUUUUUCGUGUCUCGGCUCGUUUUAGGGGUAUUCAUUUCUUCUUUAUUACACUUAUGAUUAUGAAGUAUUUAUCCGUUUUUAUUUAAUUUAUUUUUAAUUUACAAAAAUUACCGGACACGGCCAGCAAUUCAGAUAAAAACUGCUAUGAAACAUUUGUCCGUGGAUCUAUUUUCCUUAAUAUGACACUCACGAAUACAAUUCACAUUUUUUGUAAUAUUUAAUCAUGUCUAUAUUUUCGUAAGGAUCUAUUUGAAUAUUUCAAUUUCACGAAGGAAAUACACAUAAUUCUUAAAUAAACCGUCUUCGCGUUUUUAUUUUUAUCACUACCAUGGAUCUUUCAACGCUCUGCUCUUUCUCUCCCUCUCCGUUUCUCGCUCAUGUAACAAAAUUUAAUAACCGGAAUAUUUCUGUACAAACAUUUUCGCUCUUUUAUCAAAAAGGAUAACCUACACAUCCCACCCCUUUUAAUAAAAAAUUUUGAAUUUUGUGAUUUACUCGGUCAUAUAUCUUUUUCCAACCCUCACUUCACCUUCUUCACGCCUUUUAUUAAUAUAUAUUUUAAAAACAGGUCACUUUACUUGUCUCAGGCUUAAAAGUAAAACCUUAACCCUCCGUGUGCAUACGUGGGUUUACGGCGUCCGAGCCAAAAUGAUAGCUGCUGGUAACUGUAAAACUUGCAAGCCUGUCAUAAAAUAUUAAAUAAAAACGAUGUUUAAUGUCAAAAUGACUAUAAAAUCGUCAACUACAAUGUAGACAGAUAUUUUGUAGACUUUUUAAAAUACUUUAAGAACGGGAAAAAUAGCGUCAAACGUGACAGACCCACGUAUGCACUGGGAAAGAACAUAUGCACACGGAGAGUUAAAAUAGGUACACGGUGCAAUGGAUUUACCACGCGACGUACAUAAGCGGAUUUGAUAAAUUUACAUUAAUUACGACAUUUAUAUUUAUGACUAUUUACCGAAUAAGUUGCCAUGAUAAUAACAUGUAAAUAUAAUUAUCGACAAGUACGAUUUAUAAAAGUAUUUAUAAAGGUCGACAUAUAAUACCUACCUGGAGGUGAGUGUAAGUGAGUAGUUCUAACCAUAUAUAAUCGUCCGGCUUAUUCGCAAUUUAUCUCCAGUAUCGUUUUAUUCACCGUGCUUAAAUAACACGAAGUUAUAUACAUGCCGAUAAUUAGGAAAGAACCGAGUCUUGACUUUGCGGAAUUGGAAAACUUCCGUUGAGACAGAUAAGCCUGAGUAUCAGGAUGAAUACCGUGACACAAGUGGAAACGAUGCGUGGGUUGCCAUUCCAAUUAAAAAAAUCUUUUGUAUAUAAAUCCACAGUAAAUAGAUUAUUAAAAGUCAUAUCAAUGCUAUAUCUAUCAUUUCUACUUGCAUGAUAAUUUUAAAGCAGAUUAAU